AUGGACGGCGGCUCUCGGAAAAAGCGGACGUUGGCAGAGCGCCGCGAAUCGGACAAGAUGCGGCAGAGGCGAUUCCGGGCAAAGAAGAGAGGCAAGUGGGAAGAAUAGUCGGAAGAUGAUUGAAAAAUGGUUCAGAAGAGGCACGUCUCCUGCAAGUGAUCAGUGGGGCGGCCGUGGUGACGACCGAGAAAAAGGAACGCGUGUAUUCCGGACCGAGGAAGACGGCAGAAGAGAUUCGGGAAACGAAUCGGAUCAGGCAGCAGAGGUUCCGAGCAAGGAAGCGGGGUAUGGGAGAAGAAGAUGACGAAUCUGAGGAGCUGAUGGAGGCGGAGGAAGCUGCGGAGCCCGUCCGGGUAGAAGCCGAAGCCGUUACUCCUGGAAACCCAGUCGAACUUUUGCAACGAAUUAUUCUUCAAGCCGCCAACGAAGAAAAAGAACGGCAGACUGAGAUCAGACGGGAGAAGGAUCGGAUCAGAAAGCGAAGAGAAAGGCAGAGAAAAAGGGACAUUGAGUUGAGAAAGGCAGGAUUGGAUCCAGCCGAUGUCAUGCAACAAAGUCAGUUUUAUCUUUCACCUCUGGGCAGUAACUUAUGUUCAUUACAUUUCAGAGUUCCAGGAAAAACUGGAGAAACUUGAGAAGGACAUGACGCAGUGGGAUAAAGUGCUGAAUAGGGAGAACGCAAAGGCCGGAGUGGCCAAUAUGACGGAGUCUCGGGAAUCUGAAGAGCCGGAGGCGGAGUCUCCGGAGAUGUUGGUGAAGCAGGAGGUGGAGGACGAACAUGACGUUGAAGAUGACGUCGAAGGACAGAAGCCGCCGGACGGCUUUCUGGAUGCCACGCAGUUCAUGUCUCAACUGGAACAGAUGGGACUGAUGAUGGGAUUGGCAACUCCGAACGGUGACAGCGCCCCUGUGUACGAGAUCAGGAACAUCGGAGAAUCUCAAGAAACGACUUCCUCCUCCACUCAUUCCAGUCUGCACGAACAUUCUACGACUCCGGAGAAGAAACCGUGGCAGAGAUGUACCACUUCGGAAGAGCGUCGGGAACGGGAAAGAAUGCGGAAGAGGAUGUACAGAGCAAAGCAGAAGUUCAUUUCCACGGGAAAACUCGAAAUGCAAUGGGAUCCGACACCGAUCAAACGCAACCCGAACGACGAUUCCGAGGCCGGAAUCACUCCGAUCCCUGAAUGGACGAAGAAUUUGUCAUCCGAACAGAAACUGGCCGCCCAUCGCAUUUACAAUAAGCGAUAUCGGGAGAGAAUCAAGAACGGCUCCGGGCUCAAUGCAAGAAGAAUCAGAGCGGAAGAGCCAUCGGAACAAAUCGAUAGUGACCUCUCCACUUGUGAGUUCCCUCAAUUCUCUCCUAAUACAAUUAUUUGUCCGAUUUCAGUGCCCCCCGAGAUCUACACCGAGAUCCUUGCUACUUUGAUAAACCAAAAUCAACAGGACGAGUAA